AUGGCCAAAAAAAGGAACACAUUUUCCUAUCAUAAUCUUCUAGACGAACUUCGACUAUCUUCUCCAUCUGACUAUAGAAAUUAUCUUCGCAUGGACAACACGACAUUUUCGGAGUUAUUAAAUAUGAUUACACCAAUGAUAGAAAAACAGUAUACUUGUAUGAGAGAACCAAUUUCUCCGGCCCAGCGUUUAUCAUGUACGCUACGAUACCUGGCUACCGGCGUUAAUUUUGAAGAACUUAAGUUCAUUACCGCAAUCGCUCCCCAAACAAUUGGAAAAAUUAUCAUAGAAACAUGUGAGGCUAUAAUAACUGUACUAAAAAAUAAUAUAAAGAUACCUGCAUCAGAAGAAGAAUGGAAAAUUAUUUCUAAUAACUUUGAAUCAAAAUGGAAUUUUAAUCAUUGUUUGGGGGCGAUCGAUGGCAAACACAUAGAGAUAAUAAGACCUCAAGAAUCUGGUUCGUAUUAUUUCAAUUACAAAAAAACGUUCAGUAUUGUUUUAAUGGCAAUUGCAAAUGCCAACUAUGAAUUCAUUAUGGUGGAUAUUGGUUCCAAUGGACGAGUUUCAGACGCAGGUAUUCCGGAACCAGAUUACCUACCAGGAAUAAGUGACAAAUUUCCAUAUGUUUUUGUAGCGGAUGAUGCAUUUCCGCUUUCAAAUAAUCUGAUGAAUCCCUAUCCACAUAGAAAUUUAAGCAAAGAAAAACGAUACGUGGAACCAGGAAGUUGGAGAAAUCAAGAUGAGCAAUUAGGUCAGCUACAGCCUUAUCAAGGUAGAAAUUCAUCAGUAACAGCCAAAAAAAUACGAGAUAAAUUUUGUGAUUAUUUCAACAACGCCGGGGCAGUCCAUUGGCAAGACAAUUUAAUAGAUAUUAAUAUUUAA